CACAAACAUAAACUAAGUUUUGCUAUCAUUUUAAAUCUUAACAUCAUUGGUAAUCCUAUAUCAUGACCCUGUACAUAAGUAAUCUGUAAAUAUGUCAAAUAAAAAUUGUUUCAUUGUACCAAUUCAUCCAAAUAAGUUAAUAAAAUUUAAAUUAAAAACAGUGAGAGAUUGAUUAGAUAAGCACACUGUUCUCACAAUAAUAAUCAGCAUAAUCUAAUCGAAAAUAAGAAAAUAUUUCUUAGAUAAGCAUUAAGAAUAUAGGCCUGCAUAAUUUUCAAAGAAUUAAGGAGAAUUAUAGUAUUAAGAUUUAGCAGGUUAUUCAGAGGAUAAAAUUCAACGCCACCGAAAUCGAGGUUUAUUAAAAGAAUAUUACGGAAUGCAGGGUAACAAAGAAAACCAGGAAAUAAAUCCAUAUAAUAUUAAUGGGCCUGAUUUUAAUCCUGAUAUGUAUUUGAAUAAACUCCUGAAAGAAUAUAGUUUGACUGAAUUAAUUAAUCAAGAAGAUGAAAUUUAUAAGCAGAUUCAAUUACUUGAUAGUGAAAUGCAAACACUGGUGUAUGAAAAUUAUAAUAAGUUUAUUAGUGCAACUGAUACAAUUCAGAAAAUGAAAUAUGAUUUUAAGAAAAUGGAAGAAGAAAUGGAUCUUCUUGCAACUAAUAUGACAGCUAUCACAGAAUUUAGUGGUUUAAUAUCUGGAACUUUACAAGGUCGCCGUCAGCAAAUCUCAAAACUUUCAGGUGUUCAUACACUUUUGAAGAAAUUACAAUUUUUAUUUGAAUUGCCUCCUCGUUUAAAAAAAUACACCGAAAAUGAGUCAUAUGCUCCAGCUGUAAGAUGUUACACCAAAGCUCAAAAAGUGUUACAUCAAUAUAAACAUAUGCCAUCUUUUCAUGGAAUUCAAGAUGAUUGUAACGUUAUUAUAAGUGAUCUUAAAGAAAAACUUCGAGAACAGUUUAAAGCUAAAGAUGUGGGUUUUAAUAAAGAAACUGGUGAUAACACUAUAUUAGUUCGAGCAUUAGAUCGCUUCCAUCGUCGUCUUCAAGCAAUGAAUAGAUUGCUUUUAGAUAUUGAUUUUUCAAAAAAAGGAACUGAUAUUGUUUCUAAAGCUGGAAAAGAUCGUUGUGAACAUUAUUUACAAACUUUAAAACAGCAUCUCACUGAUUGUCUAACAGAUAUUCGCCAUAAUCUAGCAGCUCCACGUACUGUUGGUCAGGAAGGUAGUUUAAGUCUUUCUGAUCUGUUAAACACAAUGGAAACAUCAGUAGCUGAUCAAGUUAAAGCAGUUUUAUCCAAUUUGCAAGCUUUUAUUCAAUCUGAUAUUACAUUUGCAAUGAAAAUGCACUUUCGAGAACCAUUUUGUCGAGAAUAUGUUCGAGAAGGAGUUGUUGUGGCUUUCUUACGUCAUAUAAAUAAUGUUGCUUUGGAAUUCUGUUCAUCUAUUGGAGAUAAAAAUAUGGUUCCUCCUCCUGCUUUGUUAUUAUUGUUAUCACGUUUAUGUCUGGAUUUGAAAACUUCCUCUAUUAGUUAUUUAUUAUCACUUACUGAUGAACAGUUUACUGUAGAAGAUCAAACUGGCUUAACAUCAGUAACUACCCUAUGUGAAGAAAUAGCAGAAACUGCACAGAAAUUACUUGAUCAUUUUGUAAGAGUUCAAGGACUUAGUAUAUCUCAGAUGUUGAGAAAAAGUGUAGAGACUCGUGACUGGUUGAAUACGAUUGAGCCUCGGAAUGUCAGAGCUGUCAUGAAGAGAGUAGUAGAAGAUGUCACUGCAAUUGAUGGUCAAGUUGGUCAAUUGUAUGAAGAAGGUAUUCGUCAUGAACGCAGUAGUGAUUCCAGUCGUCGUACAUAUCCUUGUAGUGCUAGUAAACAGUUGAGAUCAAAUUGGAGUGCAUAUGCUCCAAGUUUAGUCAAUGGCUUAUUAGUUANCAAUAUACAGAAGCUGUUUUCAGAAAAGAUUGAGAUUUUCAGUACAGUAGAAUUCUCUAAAGUUUCUGUUAUGACUGGAAUCAUCAAAAUAAGUCUGAAGACUUUUUUGGAAUGUGUCCGAUUACGUACUUUCAGUCGUUAUGGACUGCAACAAAUACAAGUGGAUACCCAUUACUUACAGUUAUAUUUAUGGAGAUUUGUUUCUGAUGAGAACUUGGUACAUGUUUUAUUAGAUGAAGUUGUUGGAAGUGCAAUUCAUAGAUGUUUGGAUCCACUUAUGAUGGAGCCAAGUGUGGUUGAUGUGAUAUGUGAAAGAGGUUGAACUGUAAAUAUUAUAUCUGUACAGAUCUAUUUAUAUUUUGUAUAUAUCUUAGGUCAUGAAUAUAAACAUGUCUUAUUAAACUUAAAUAAUUAUGUAAGAAGAUAUGUAUUUUUUCUUAAUUACUUUUUACAUAUAAUAAAAAGUGAAUAAUUUAAGUUACAGGUAUUUGCCACUUAACAAUGAACCUCAAUGGAGGUCCCAUAAGAUUAUUGUGAGAUCAGCCAGGACAUAAACAAAGUUACGCCACUUACGGGUGCUCGAUCGUGAGAUCGGCUCUUGUAACUUUUUAUAGGAGGGCUUUUAUAAACGAUCCUAAUCGCGAGAUUCGGAUCUACGUCAGGAUUCCGACACCAGUUUAUCAGUUGUUUUACACGCGGAUAAACACACGUGGGGAAAUCCUAUUCCGAUAAUAAUUGAGAGACAUUUCUUUAUAAAAUAAAUAAGAAUAAAUUUAAUAAACCAUAAACAAUUAAAACUAAUACAAACUAUUAUAUAAAUGAGAGAUAGUAAAUGCGAAUUUCGAUCUAUAAGUCGAGAGAGAUACGGACUUAUACUAUAACCGAUAUAAGGUUGAGAGAGAGAGCUCACAAAAUCAUUUAAGAACAUACAACCUGAUUGUUGUCUUUAAACUUCGGCUCUGUAUAUGAAGUAUUUGUUUCACUUCUAGAAUUCUCUGUCUUCUUUCCUCUGGAGAGAUCAACUUAACUUG